CGACCAGGGGUCAAAGAUAAGCGGACGACAAACAUAAACCAAGAACGUUCUUCUUCAUGUUACUGCUGCGGAAAAAAUAAUCACUGGGCACGUGAUUGUUACCAUCGCUUCAACACGUGUAAUAUCUGCAAGCAGAAAGGACACUUGGCUUCAGUAUGCAAAACCGGAAGAGCAGUCCAGCAUAUACAGCAGGGUACAGAUGACCACGAGGAACAGCAACGGGACGAGUACGACUUCUUCAUGGCAACAGACGGCAACGACUCAUCAAAAACAACAAGCGAUUGAUCUGCAGCACGCUUAUAUGCAGAUCCCGGUAGAGGAAAGCAGUCGAGAUUUCCUGACAAUAAUAACGCACAAAGGUCUCUACCGGUACACAAAAAUGACGGAAGGAAUUGCAUCAGGUCCAGGAGAUUUUCAGCGGAAAAUAGAGCAGUGUCUAUCAGGCAUCGAUGGUGUAAUUCCUUAUCUAGACAAUAUUUUUGUAACGGGAGAAACCGACGAAAUUCAUUUAAAAACAUUGUAUAUGGUAUUCCAAAGAUUAGAACAAAGUGGAUUUCAUGUAAAUAUCAAUAAAUGUGAUUUUUUCAAAGAGAAGCUAGACUUGUUAGGAUUUGUUAUUAACAAGGAGGGAUUACACAAAUCAGAAACAAAAGUGAAAGCAAUGACAAAUGCACCGGUACCGCGAAAUAAGAAACAAUUAGAAUCUUUUAUCGGAUUGAUUACUUAUUAUGCGAGAUUUCUACCUAAUAGAGCAGAAAAGUUACAACCUUUAUAUAAAUGUGCUAAAGCGGAAACGUUUAAAUGGACGGUAGAAUGUCAAAAAGCAGUUGAUUGGGUCAAAAUGGAAUUAAUAUCACCUCGAGUAUUGGCACACUACGAUCCGAAAGAAGAUUUAGUAUUGUCAUGUGAUGCGUCCACGUAUGGAUUAGGAGCAAUUUUAGCGCACCGAUAUAAAGAUGGUACGGAGAAACCAAUAGCUUAUGCAUCUAAAGUAAUACCGGAAAAAGAAUUAAAUCGCGCAAUCAUUGAUAAGGAAGCCAGUGCAAUCGUAUUUGGAUUUAAAAAGUUCUACAACUAUAUUUACGGAACAACUACACUAACGUUACGGACAGAUCACAAACCUUUGGUUUUUAUCUUUGGUCCAAAGCAAGAAAUUCCUUUGACGGUAGCAAGUAGAUUACAAAGAUGGGCGUAUUUUCUAUCGAGAUUUACAUACACCAUAGAGUACGUUACAUCGCAGGAAAAUAGAAACUGUGAUGCACUGUCGAGACUUCCGAUUAACGAUAGCAUUCAGAUAUUUGAUAAUGAAUUUACAAUGAUAAAUUAUGUUUCAGAAGCUUUAGAUACAUUAAACGCGAAAAAAAUUGCAAAAGAAACAAAGAAGGAUAAGCUAUUGAGUAACGUUAUUAAGUAUAUAAGCGGUACAUGGCCAGCGGUAAGCGAGAUGAAUGAGGAUGAGAAUAAAUUCUAUGCGAAACGGGAUGAAUUGAAUGUCGAAAAAGAGUGCUUACUGUGGGGAUAUCGCAUAGUGGUACCAGAAGCAGUAAAACCCAGUGUUCUAAGUGAAUUGCACGCGUCACAUUUUGGGGUGGUAAAAAUGAAAAUGUUGGCAAGAAACUAUGUGUGGUGGCCAAACAUUGAUAAAGACAUUGAGAAUGUAGCAACGGCAUGUAAAGUGUGCGUGCAAGAGAGAAAGAAACCGCCUAAUGUUCCGCUAACGCCAUGGCCGUAUCCCGAUAAGUGCUGGAGUAGGAUACAUACUGAUUUCCUAGGUCCUGUUCAUGGACAUAUGUUCAUGGUAGUAAUGGAUGCGUAUUCGAAAUGGCCAGAAGUUAUCGAUAUGAACAAAUGCACCACGGCAGAGAGGGUCAUUGAGGAGUUUAAGAAAAUUAUAGUUAGGUACGGAUUACCGAAGCAUGUAGUAACUGAUAACGGCACACAAUUCACGAGUAACGAAUUUCGAGAAUUUUGUAAAGCGAACGGUAUCAAGCAGAGUUUCACAGCACCGCAUCAUCCAGCAACAAAUGGUGCAGCUGAAAACUUUGUCGGUACUUUCAAAGAUAAAGUCAAUAAAAUAAUGCAAGGCGGGAAAUCAUUAGAAUAUGCAGUUAAUCUAUUUUUGUUUGACUAUAGAUCCAUUGAGCAUUGCACUACAGGCAGAUCACCGGCGUUCAUGAUGUUUAAACGAGAAAUAAGAACGCGCUUUGAGUUAAUGAAACCGAGUGUAAUCGAUGAUGUAGAGAAACAACAGAGAGCGCAAAUCAUAAGUAGACGCGGUAAUCGAAAUGUUGAGUUCCAAACAGGUGACAUGGUAAUGGUUGAGGAUUUUGGUGUCAGAAGUAAAAAACGGGUCGUAGGCACGAUCGAAGAAAAAGUAUCACCGGUAACGUUUAGGGUGAAGGUUGCACCUGAUAAGCUAUGGAAACGACAUGUCGAUCAAAUCAUUAGAUACACACCGACGGUGGUCGAUAACGAUAAAGGUACAGCGGUACCAGCAAGCGAAUCUCGAGUGAAGCUACGCCGCUCGGAAAGAACAAGUAAAGGGGGCGAGUUGUAAUGUAUUAGGAUACGGUACUGGGAGCGAGCAGCGGCGCGACGGCACGAGUGGAAAUGACUGAUCCGCACUCGAUAUAGAAGUAAGUCAGUCGAGCGUGGCGAGCGUCACGGACGCACGCGGGUACAUACAUAUAUCUGUAUAACUUUUACUCAGCAUUAAAAUAUCUUACGGUGAUUGCGAA